CACAGAGAGGGUCAGUGACAGUGCCCAUGCCCCGAGUUCAAGCCCCAGGACCUGCAAAAAUAAAAACAAAUAAACAAACAAAAACCCAUAAAGCUUUAUUCUUGUCCUGUGACCUAAAUGAACCCUUGAUUCUUUCAUCUUGUAGAGUAGACCACAAACUUCAAGCUUUAGAAGCACAGUUCAAAGAACUGGAUAUCACCAAGGAUAAUUUGACACAGAAAUUUGAACAUCAUAGCAAGACUUUGGCAAGUCAAGCAGCUCAAGAUGAAAUGUGGGGAUCCGUUUUGAACCUCAAGUUCACCUCAAUGGAAUUGAACAUUUUAUACAGCUACGUUGUCGAAGUACUUACCUGCUUGCACAGUCGAGUGUGUGAGAAGCUGCCAGAUCUGGUGAGAGGUCUUCCUACCUUAACCUCUGUCCUUAGAAGAAAAGUCAAGAACAAACGCAUUAAAGUUGCGUGGGAAUCUGUGCUGGAGGAGUGUGGGUUGCAAGAAGGAGAUAUAACAGCGCUUUGUACCUUUUUUAUUGCACAUGGUAGUAAGGCAGAACACUAUGCUGCUAAAGUGAGACAGAUGUACAUCAAGGAUGUCACGUUCAUGAUCACUAAUAUGGUAAAAAACAAGGCUUUGCAAGAAGGCUUGUUGAGGGCUGUUCAGGUCAUUGAGAAGGGGAAAGCAGUGAGAACCCCUGAAGAGCAAAAGUCACCCUUGAAAGAGUUGAUAUUCAUAGUCAAGAAAUAAUCUUCUACCUACAGACUCUGUGAUUCCACCUCUAUUAAUUUACCUUGAAAAUAGUAAAAAGUCACACAUAGUCUACUUAUUGCACUUAUUUUUAUAAUGAAAGAGGGAAUAUUAGCAAAAUUAGGACAAUUUGAUACAAUGAAUGUAUUUUUUGGAUAGCCAUACAAAAGAUGCUUCAUAGAUGCUAGGCUAGGAUCUGGUAGCUCACUCAUGCCUGUAAUCCUAACUAUUCAGGAGGUUGAAAUCUGAGGAUCCCUGUCCAAAGUCAGCCUGGGUAGAAAACUCUGACUCUUGCUUCAAAUUAAUAGGCAAAAAUGCUGGAAUUGGAGACGUGGAUAAAAUAGUAAGAGUGCCAGCUUUGAGUGAAAAAGCCAACUGAGAGUACAAGGCCUACUGUUCAAGCCACAGAACCAGUAUACAGAUAAAGUUAAAGCCAAAAUGCAUAAAAUGUAACAUAAUCUUGCUAACUUUAAAGAAUUUUGAUCUAGGGGCUGGGAAUAUGGCCUAGUGGCAAGAGUGCUUGCCUUGUAU